CCGAGUGAAAUAUCUUGGAGUAAACAUAUUUUCGUUUUGCAAUUUGGCGCAACAUUACUGUCGUCAGUUGGAGCCGUGCGCAUUCCUCCACAUCAGGAUAACUGCUUCCCAGGACCGUUUUUAUUCCCAUGUCAGCACGUCCAGGUGAUUACUUCGUCAUGGUCGCGCGGUUGGGAAAGCCAUUGCUGUGAAUUUUUCUAUUUUUUGUGGGGAAACAACCAACAUGGAGCGCCAGAUCUACAAGCCAGAGAGCAAAAGCAUGGAUUCGUGUCUGAGACGACUCAAACAGGAGGUGUUGUCAAUGAAGGAAGCCGGAGAUGGGCUACAUGCUCAGAUGAAUUCCAUGAUGGGAGCGCUUCAAGAACUCAAGCUCCUCCAGGUCCAGACCGCUCUCGAAAACCUCGACAUCACUGGACGCCCCAUCAAUCGUGGCAUACCACACGUUCCGGACACUGCUUCAGGGAAUGGCCUCGGGUUUGCCCACAGCAUGCUGCCAGAAACUAAUCCGAGUCCAGUGCCAAGCCUAGCGAGCGGAAACACCACAAUGAGCAGAGAAAGUAACUGCAUGUCCCAAAGUGGAAGCAGUAUGGGGACCUCAACCACAUCAUCAUCCAGUUUUGAGUCUGACAGUGGUAGUAGUAGAAGUUCAAGAAGCGCAAAUAACCAAGAGUCUAUUCCGAAACGCUGGUCAGGAUACACAGCUCCCCAAGUGGACUUUUGUGGACCAACAGUUGGAAACCCUCCACCAGAGCCAUAUUCACAACAACAGGGCCAGCGCCGCUCCCAGGUUGUUGAUCUUCCCGGAAUUUUAUAUAGUCUUUCAAAAGAAGGACCAUCUAUGGACAGUGAAUGCAACCAAGACAACGCAGACGAUGGAAGUGACUGGACCUCUUCGCUUAUGAAUCAAUGCCGCAAUCGCCAACCGCUAGUUCUGGGCGAUAAUGUUUUUGCCGAUCUUGUUGGGAACUGGCUCGACCUCCCAGAAGUGGAGAGAGAGGACAUGGAAGAAGACGAGAUGAGGAAAGAGGAUGUGAAGAAUGGGAAUGGGAUGCCAGAUAAACUCGACAGUCAGCAGAUGCGCUUAAGUCGGUCUCAGGAGUUCUGCCGUAAAUUCACUCUCACUACGAACAUUUUUAAGAAGUUCCUACGCAGUGUGCGUCCCGAUAGAGACAAGCUGCUGAAAGAGCGUCCAGGUUGGCCUGAAAUGUCAGAGGCUGAUUUGUUCAAAAGGCCAAAGAAAGGUGGAGCAAAAGGGUCCAAGGGGAGCUUUUAUUUACCAUUCUGGGCAAACGGACAGCAGGGCAAAGGCAGGCCAUGUCCCAAUCUGAAUGAAGUGGAGAGGCAGCAACUUCAGCAACAACAGCACUUCCCCCAGUGUCAUCAGCAGCCUUUAACUGGGAUUUUCUUGGACAGUAGACAGCCGCAGACCGCCGCUGUGGACAGAAUGCAGUCCUUGUUUGACUACAACACAGCUGUCUGGGUCUGACACAGCCCAGUGAACUGAGAGGGUGACUGAGGGACAGGUGCAGGGGAUUUAACUGAACUCAAUGUUAUCUUCUACAUUAUCAACCUAUAGACUUUGCCCAUGUUUGAUUCAAAGCACGGCAACUGUCUUGACAAUCUGAAAACCUGAACCUCACCUGAGAACAGUGUGUGUAUGAUGUAUGAAGAUUUAUGUUGAUUUUAUUAUUAUUAUUUUUUUUUUAUAUUAAUGAAAUGAGUGAUGAAGCUGACUGGAAGCAGGAUCACACUUUAUAAAUGACAUCUUAAGAAUGUCGCUAUGGUACAUAAACUAUUAAAGGCCAUGAACAUCCGUUUCACACACUGACAGUUAAGGAGGAGUGGAGGUCAGGUCACGUACAGCAAAUGAUUGACAAGUCUGUAGUUAAUUCAAACCACAACCGCUGUAUUGGCAAUACAGGAACAAUAGCCCUGCCUCUUAUGAAACGAUGUUAAUUAAAUCAGAAAAUGAGCUUGAUUUCAUGGCAGCGAAGAAGUAAAUAAAUGAUGUGUCAGAGAUGGUUUUAAUAUGUAACUUGCAUUUGGACAUAGGCCUGUCACAGUAACAAAUUUUGAAGUACGAUAUAUUGCUACAAAGAUAUACUGCAAUAAAGAAUAAUGAAAUUACUUUAUGCAACUGACACAAUAACAAUAAAGCAAAUAAACCUGGUAAAGCAUUUUUAAAUAGAAAUGCAACCAAUAAAUAGCAGAA